AUGUCCAACAUCUUCCGCAUCGAAAUCGCAAAGGAGAAUGAGAUCCCUGAUCUCGCAGCCCUGAUGAUCCCAACCUUCGCACACUUCACGGUCGAAGCGAUGCUGGGCAAUAUUGACGAGCCAAAGGCGAUCGAAGCGGCUGGCCAACGCCACCUGCGCGCAUGGCGGGAGCACAUGGAUGAGACAGGUCGUGCAAGCGGCAUCAAGUGCGUGGCCAGUGAUCUCGAAACCGGAGAGGAAGUGCUGGCGGCGUGCGCAUACUGGUACAUCUUCUCUCAUCCGCGGUCCGCGGUGCAUAUGCACAGACCGAACUUUCUGCUCUCAGCAGACUGGGUUUCCGAAGAGAACGAUCGACGGGAGAAGCUCAGACGCUCGCUCCAGCCAGUAAUCGAUAUGAGACAAAAGUGGUUGAAGGGCAGAGGGCACGCCGUGCUGAUGUUCCUGGCGACGGACAAGGCCUGGAGGAGGAAGGGCGCGGCGACGGCGAUCGUGCGAUGGGGACUCGAUCGCUGUCGUGAGCUGAACGUUCCGGCCUUUCUGGAAGCGAGCGAUGAAGGAGCGCCGGUCUAUGAGAGGUUGGGUUUUGAGGUAGUGGACGAGGUGGUGAUGGAGAUUGAAGGCGAGAGGGCGGGGUUCCCGGCGAUGAUGUGGUGGCCACCAGGUACCAAGGAAGUAGAUAAAAGGCCUGCGAUGGCAUGUUGGACUGGGUGA